AUGACCUCAUCAGCAGUGUUACUUCAGAAAGAGCUGAAGGACUUAUCAAAAAACCAGCCAUACUUCUAUCUUCGAUUAGAGAAUGAUAAUAUAUAUCUCUGGGACGUGGGGCUCUACAUAUCGAACCCUGAUUCUAAGUACAAUGGAGCGUUUCUCAAGGCACAGAUGAGAUUCCCGACAAACUAUCCAUUUGUUCCGCCAUCGUUCCGGUUUACUCCAUCCAUAUACCACCCAAAUAUCUACGCGGAUGGCCGUGUUUGCAUUUCCAUUUUGCAUGAGGCUGGCAAUGUUUACAGUGACGAGCCUUCCAAUGAAAACUGGAGCCCGGCUCAGUGUGUUGAGUCUAUAAUGUUGUCAAUUUUGUCCAUUUUGGAUGACCCAAAUAUUAAUUCACCCGCAAACGUGGAUGCCUCGAAGCUUUACAGAGAUGAUAGAAAUGCUUAUAAUCGCAAAGUUGCCAAAGAUGUUGAGCGUUCUCGUGAGGAUAUGCCUGACGAUUUCAGGAUACCUAAUCCGGACGAUAUCAAGGCAAAAGAUUAUGAGGAAGAGUGGUUUUAUGACGAGGAUGAUGAAGACGACGAUGAUGAUGAUGACGAUGAUGAUGACGAUGACCAUAGCUUUUACGACGAUGAUGAUGUUGAGAUGAGCGAAGAUUAUGGAGAUAUCGAUAAUGAGAAGAAGCACUGA